CUCGCAGUCUCGGACGGCGUUCUCGUGCUCGGAGUCGCCAUUUUGCUGCAAGACGCCGUGCGGAGCGCUGCGCUCUCUUCCUUCGGCAGCCGAGGCUGCGGCGGGCCGGGCUGGGGUCGGGACCAGGAAGAAUUUUCUUGUCAGAGAAUAACAGGAGGUUGUCCAUAAUUGACUUUAAGCAGCAAACAGUAAAACACUGAGCUCUUCAGCUCCGCCUUUCUUGCUCUGAGAAUUGGAAAACCAAGAAGGUUUUGAUGUUUUGUGUGGCGCCUCCUGAAUUAGAAACCAAGAUGAACAUAACCAAAGGAGGUCUGGUGUUGUUUUCAGCAAAUUCCAAUUCAUCAUGUAUGGAGCUUUCAAAGAAAAUUGCUGAGCGGCUGGGGGUGGAGAUGGGCAAAGUGCAGGUUUACCAGGAACCUAACAGAGAAACAAGAGUUCAGAUUCAAGAGUCUGUAAGAGGAAAGGAUGUAUUUAUCAUCCAGACUGUCUCAAAGGAUGUGAACACCACCAUCAUGGAGCUCCUGAUCAUGAUAUAUGCAUGUAAGACCUCAUGUGCCAAGAGCAUCAUCGGAGUGAUCCCCUACUUUCCUUAUAGCAAGCAGUGCAAGAUGAGGAAGAGGGGCUCCAUUGUCUCAAAAUUGCUGGCUUCCAUGAUGUGCAAAGCUGGCCUAACUCAUCUUAUCACUAUGGAUUUACACCAGAAGGAAAUCCAGGGCUUCUUCAAUAUCCCAGUGGAUAAUUUAAGAGCCUCCCCCUUCCUGUUACAGUAUAUUCAAGAAGAGAUCCCGGAUUAUAGGAAUGCAGUCAUCGUGGCCAAGUCUCCAGCCUCAGCCAAGAGGGCACAGUCUUUUGCAGAGCGUCUGCGUCUGGGAAUUGCAGUGAUCCAUGGAGAAGCACAGGAUGCUGAGUCUGACUUGGUAGAUGGUCGGCACUCCCCACCCAUGGUCAGGAGUGUAGCUGCCAUCCACCCCAGCCUGGAGAUCCCAAUGCUGAUUCCCAAAGAAAAGCCCCCAAUCACGGUUGUUGGUGACGUCGGAGGAAGGAUUGCCAUCAUUGUGGAUGACAUCAUUGAUGAUGUGGACAGCUUUCUUGCUGCAGCAGAGACCCUGAAGGAAAGAGGCGCAUAUAAGAUCUUUGUGAUGGCCACUCACGGCUUAUUGUCCUCUGAUGCUCCCCGGCUGAUUGAAGAGUCUGCCAUUGAUGAGGUGGUGGUCACUAACACCAUCCCACAUGAAAUCCAGAAGCUACAGUGCCCCAAGAUCAAGACCGUGGACAUCAGCAUGAUCCUCUCAGAAGCUAUCCGCCGCAUUCACAACGGGGAGUCCAUGUCCUACCUUUUCAGAAACAUAGGCUUAGAUGACUGAGCAGUUCUCCUGUGGCAGAAGCCCCACAGGUCAAGUGGGAAGCCCAGCAUGCAUCUGGGAGGGCCUGUGCCUGGCUAGGUACACUUGACCCUCUCUCCCUCUCCCCACCCCCUCCUCAUUGAUUCCUGGGACGGUACAAGGACCAACUUUUUAGUGUUGGUUUAAAUUUUGUGAGUUUGGGGGAUAAUUUUUAUAACAGAAAGACCUCCUCUUAAAUAAAAUAAGUUAAAACCUGAUUGUUUUUAGUGUAACCAUUUUAAAAAAUUCACUUGAAUGAGAUUUGUAAGCUCAGCCUUUUUAAAAAAGUUGCUUGAUCCAAGUGUUCAAAAAAAAUUAAAUAAAAUGACCUCCUGUCUACCACCUACAGUCAUAAAACCAAAAAGCUACUGUUGGUUCCAGUAUAUGACAUUUUUAGAAAUGCUUUUAUAGAGUAUGUGGCUGUAUUUAUUUUCUGCGAAUAAAACCUCGUGUUUGUUUUUUAAA